AUGGCUUUUUCGAUUCUAUAUUGGCUGAACUAUGUGUCCGGCACAAAAAAACUUCAACAAAAAUCAGAGCUGGCGGUCAAAGCAGAUCAUGUUUUGAAGUUUUGUUUUGACCCCGAACUAAAUCACGUCCAGGGAAGAGUCCAGGCGAGUAUGAGAGAUCGGAGUUACCAUGUCAAUAUCACGCUGGGAGAAAAUAACACAGUUGUUGACGGUAUAUGUGACUGUGUGAACGGCCAAGACAAGUGCCAUCACAAGGCGUCUAUUCUUUUAUAUGGAUAUAAGAAUGUUAGCAAAACAGAUGUGAGAGCUUCUUGGAUUCAGCAUCCAAAGCGAGCUCCAUCAAAACAGACCACUACAAUGGAAGAACUAUUUCCACCCCCACCAAAUAUAGCCAAUUACAGCUAUGCUAUGGAUUGUAUCUAAAGAGCCUCCAUCUCCAACACUGGAUGUUCCAACUGUUGAAGAUUUGCUGCUUGGGGAAGGCUACACAGGAGCUACAGACAAGAUAAAGUGGCUGAAGACAAAUCUUGCAAUCUCCAAAGAGAAA